GGGCUUUGCUCGGGUUACGUGUGUUUAGUCUGUGGUCUGUGGUGUCAGACUGAGAUCGUGUGUAUUGUUAUUUAUUUGUGUGUUCUAAGCCGUGAUAAUGCAUAUUACUUUGAAGAAAUCGGUGGAAAUGAGGAAAAAAUACUCUUGGAUGGAGACAGGCACAACAAUCUUCGCAUUCCUGAACCUCAUUUCAGCUAGCUGCGGAAUGUUUAUAUGCCUGAACGUACUGAUCAUGUACGUGUCCGAGGCGAUCACUCACACCGACAAGAUCGACACAUUCAUGUGGUCCGCGUGUAUCGGCACGAACUUCCUUGCCAUUGUGUCCUGGGUGUUUGCGAUGCUGCUUUACCUUGGCAUAUACCGGAACAAGCCGUGCUUCAUACUAGCCUACUGCGUGUUUGGAGCCGUCGUGGUAAUUUCAACAGUUUCCGGACUAGUGGUCAUCCAUCAACAGAAGUAUUUGUACAUGGCACAGAAAUUACGAGAAGUUUUCUGUGAAUAUUAUGAGGCCGUUGUCUAUUCUACUGUUGGAAUUUGCGUGUUGUAUGCGUUAAUGCUUACUAUGAUCUGCCGGACCUGGAUUUUGAUGACAUCUUGGCCUUCAGGCGAUCGUAGGAAACUUUUUAAUGAUUACUAUGAAUCAGACUGGACAAUUGACUGAAAGUUGAUUAGCUAAUUUGCUAAAGAGAAAUAAGUAAAAAAAAACUGCAGUUACGGUGGUAUGAAUGUAAAGAGACUGA